AUGGAGGAUAGUAUAAUGGAUGAUGGUGGACUUAAGGGAUGCAUCGAAGAAAUGGGAGAGUUGGCCAAGGAUAAAUCACCAUAUCUUGGUAUGGAGUUUUCAUCAGAAGAAGCUGCAUAUGAGUUUUAUAAUGAAUACGGAAGAAUUGUGGGGUUUAGUAUUAGAAGAGAUUAUUGUAACAAAAGUCAGAAAGAUGGUGAUAUGACUAGUAGAAAGUUUGUUUGUUGUAAGGAGGGAGAGAGGGAAAAAGAUAAACGGUACACGAUGAUAAAAAAUCCUCGAAGUGAGACAAGAACAAAUUGUAAAGCAUUUAUGCGUAUAUCUUUUAAGCGGGACUUGUCGAAGUGGAUUGUGUCGAAGUUUGAUUGCAACCACAACCACCCUUUGCAUCUUCCUCAAUGUACUCAUUUGAUGCCAUCUCAGAGAAAGGUAUGUGAUGCUCAGGGUAUAAAUAUUGACAUAGCUGAUGAGAGUGGAAUAUCUCUUAAGGCUUCACAUGAUCUUAUUAGUGCUAUAGCAGGAGGGAAGGAAUUUGUAGGGUUCACGCGAGAGGAUCAGAAAGCCUACUUACGUGCAAAAAGACAGCGAAACUUGCAAUAUGGUGAAGCAGGGAGUUUGUUAAGAUAUUUCCAGCAGCAAGUGGCAGAAAAUCCAUAUUUUUACUAUGCCAUUCAGUUGGAUGUAGAUGAGAUGAUUACUAAUAUUUUUUGGGCUGAUCAUCAGAUGAUAACAGAUUAUGGGCUUUUCGGUGAUGCGGUGUCAUUUGACACAACUUUUCGAACAAAUAAAGAGUACCGUCCACUUGCUUUAUUUUGUGGCUUUAACCACUUUAGAAUGACAGUGAUUUUUGGUGCAGCAUUAUUAUAUGAUGAAACUGCAGAGUCAUUUGAAUGGUUAUUUGAAACAUUUUUGGAUGCAAUGUCAGGAAAAAAACCUGUUAGUUUUUUCACAGAUCAAGAUCAAGCAAUGGCUAAGGCAAUUUCACAAAUCAUGCCUGAGGUUUUUCAUGGGUUGUGCACUUUUCACCUAAUGCAAAAUGCUUUAAAGCAUUUAGGUUACUUGUUCAAGAGUGGUUCAAAAUUUAGUAGCGAUUUAAAAGCUUGCAUUUAUGACUACGAGAAUGAGCAUGAAUUAAUUGAAACUUGGAAUUCUUUAAUUGAUAAAUACAAUUUGCAAGAGAAUGAGUGGAUGAAAAGAACUUGGAGAAAAAGAGAGCAGUGGGCGCAUGUGUAUAUGAAGUGGGUAUUUACUGGAGGAAUGCGAAGCACACAACUUAGUGAAAGUCUAAAUGGAACAUUAAGGGGAUAUUUGAAGGGUGAUCAUAACAUUGUUCAAUUCUUUACUCACUUCAAUCGGAUUGUUGUAGAUAAGCGGUAUGAGGAAAUUUCCGCAAUAUAUGAUUCUAGACAAAAGUUGCCAAGAAUGAAAUUGAAAAAGUCUCCCAUUUUAAUCCAAGUUACGAGUUUGUACACCCCUCCUAUCUUUGAUUUAUUUCAUUGUGAGUUGGAUACGUCCCUUUGUUGUCAAGUGAAGCAAUUCCAUGAGUUAGAAGGAGAAGUUAAGUGCGUGAUUGGCUUGUAUGGUAAUGGUAAAGAGUAUAUUGUGGAGGGUAGGGUGGAAGUUAUUGGGCUAAGAGGAGAAAAAAGCUGUCGAGAAAUACAUUGUACUUGUAAGAAAUUUGAGAACUUCGGAAUUUUGUGUAGUCAUGCAAUCAAAGCACUUGAUAGAAUGAAUGUUAUGGAAAUUCCUGAAAGGUAUAUAUUAGGCCGAUGGAGAUUGGAUGCAAAAGAUUGUGAAAUUGAAGAGAAAAAUGUUGUAAUGGAUGAGGAUGAUCCGAAGUUGUUAAUAUUAGCACGUUAUAGAGAUCUUUGUCCAAGAAUGGUGAAACUAGCAACUCAAGCAUCUAUGCACAAACCUGCCUAUCAAUUAGUAUCACUUGAUGUGGACGACCCCAACUUUGCACAAGUUAAGGGCAUAAAGAAGAAAGAUGUUGGACACAAAGGGAGGGGUAGAUUAAAACCUUGGCAUGAGAUGAUGAAUAAGAAGACAAAAGUUAUUUCACAACCUACCCGCCUUAGUAAGAAUUGGUCAAUCAAGCAACACUACAAAUGUUCAAAAUUCAUCCUCAAGCCAACAACAGACUAUUGGUCAAUCAAGCAAUAUCACAAAUAUUCAAAAUUCAACUUUAAGUCAACCACAGGAUGGUGGGAGUCUCUAUUGGCCACAAUUGAUAACUUAUGGGUAUUACAUAUACUCCUCAAACUCUUAUAUCCAAUCCAGACACUCAAAUGGGACCUCAGUGAUACAAAGCUAGGUAAGAACAAGCUUGCAACAGUUAUACGAGGGUCGAUGACUGUAUUACAUAUACUCCUCAAACUCUUAUAUCCAAUCCAGACACUCAAAUGGGACCUCAGUGAUACAAAGCUAGGUAAGAACAAGCUUGCAACAGUUAUACGAGGGUCGAUGACUGUUAGUCAAUAUGAACUAGAGUAG